AUGUCUCCGUCACUACGCUUACCAACGGAUGUCCCCAUUGUCGAUAUCCGCCAGAGCAACGUCAGCUUCUCUCUGGCAAAUGAUAUCCACAAGAGCAUCAAUCCUCCUGAGGGUACACCUCGGUCAAUGCCCACCAUGCUGCUUUACGACGCCGAAGGGCUCAAGCUGUUUGAGCGCAUUACCUACUUGGACGAAUACUACCUGACCAACGCGGAGAUUGAGGUCUUGACGAAUAAUGCUAGAAGGCUCGUUGAGCGGAUUCCGAGUGAUGCGCAAUUGUUGGAGUUGGGAAGUGGAAAUCUCCGGAAGAUUGAAAUCCUGCUCAAGGAGUUUGAGCGUGCGGGCAAGCAUGUCGACUACUUCGCGCUCGAUCUGUCCUUGUCUGAGCUCCAGCGUACCUUUGCCGAAGUCUCGACCGAAGAAUACGAACAUGUGGGAUUGCACGGUCUGCAUGGUACCUACGACGAUGCUAUCACUUGGUUAAGCGCCCCCGAGAAUCGGACACGACCAACAGUGGUUAUGUCAAUGGGCUCGUCUAUUGGGAACUUUAGUCGUAUAGAAGCAGCCGAGUUUCUACGACGUUUCGCUAAGCUCAUGACGCCAUCUGACGUGAUGAUUAUCGGGCUGGAUGGCUGCAAGGACCCGAACAAAGUAUAUAGAGCUUAUAAUGACUCGGAGGGCAUCACUCGUCGAUUCUAUGAGAACGGUCUGGCACAUGCGAACGAUGUGUUGGGAUAUGAAGCGUUCAAACCGUCUGAGUGGGAGAUCGUGACCCAUUUUGAUGCUGUCACAGGACGACACCAGGCCUUUUACUCUCCUACCCAGGAUGUCACUAUCAACGGGACUCUGUUGCCCAAAGGCGAAAAACUUGUCUUUGAAGAAGCGACUAAAUAUGGCCCCGAGGAGCGAGAUCAAUUAUGGAGAGCUGCUGGUCUGAUCCAGGGGGCAGAGCUGGCGAAUCGCUCAGAUGACUACCAUAUUCACGUGCUUUCGUCAGCAGCGCUUGACUUACCGACACACCCUUCCCAGUAUGCUGCACAUACAAUCCCGAGCCUAAGCGACUAUCAAUCAUUAUGGACUGCGUGGGACACUGUAACAAAGUCCAUGAUUCCUCGCGAGGAUCUCUUAUCCAAGCCCAUUAAGCUGCGGAAUGCGCUCAUUUUCUACCUGGGCCAUAUCCCCACAUUUUCGGAUAUUCAUUUGACGCGGGCGCUGCGAAGCAAACCCACUGAGCCCAAGAGCUAUCAGGUGAUCUUCGAGCGCGGCAUCGACCCGGAUGUGGAAGACCCUGAGCAAUGUCACUCCCACAGCGAAAUUCCGGACGAAUGGCCGCCUCUCGGUGAGAUUUUGGAUUACCAAGAGAGAGUCAGGAGCCGAGUGAAAUCAAUUCUGGAACGGGAGGAUCUGGCCCACAACAGAUGCCUUGCCGAAGCUCUCUGGAUCGGCUUUGAACACGAGAUCAUGCACCUUGAAACCUUCCUUUACAUGCUUCUUCAGAGCGAAAGAACACUUCCCCCUCCCGCUGCCGGCCAGCCGGAUUUUGAAAAGAUAUUCCUCGACGCCAGGAACGAAGCGAAGCCGAACAAGUGGUUCACUAUUCCCGAGCAGACUCUGCCCAUUGGCUUGGACGAUCCUGACGAGAGCACCGUACCCCGUGCUUCUUUCGGAUGGGACAAUGAGAAGCCCUCGCGGAUCGUGACAGUACAUGCAUUUGAAGCACAGGGCCGCCCUGUGACAAACGGCGAAUAUGCCAAGUAUCUGCAAGCCAACAAACUCCGCGAGGUGCCAGCAUCUUGGACUCUGACGCAUGGAAAUGAGAAUUACCCGAUCCCUGAAGCAGUCAAUGGAAGUAGCGUCGCUGCCACGGAGGAUUUGAUGUCCAACUUUGCAGUGCGCACUGUCUAUGGCUCUGUACCUCUAGAGCUUGCUCAGGACUGGCCGGUGAUUGCUUCGUAUGAUGAGCUCUCCCAGUAUGCUUCGUGGACGGGUUGCAGGAUCCCGACUUUUGAGGAGGCUAGGAGUAUCUAUAGUUACGCGGCUCGGUUGAAGAAAGAGAGGCAACACAGUAUGGCAAAUGGCUACAGCAACGGAGCAAAUGGUGUCGUAAAUGGAAACGGCUAUACCAAGAGCUCCCAGCCAGUAUAUAUUGAUCUCGACGGCUGCAAUGUUGGGUUCAAGCACUGGCAUCCGACGCCCGUCGUUCAGAACGGCGAGAAACUCGCCGGCCAGAGUGAACUGGGAGGUGUCUGGGAGUGGACGAGCACACCGCUGGCUCCUCAUGACGGCUUCAAGUCUAUGGAAAUCUAUCCAGGAUAUACUUCGGAUUUUUUCGAUGGAAAGCACAAUGUCAUCCAGGGUGGCUCUUGGGCUACCCACCCCCGAGUUGCAGGAAGGACAACCUUUGUGAAUUGGUACCAACAUAACUACCCCUACGCCUGGGUAGGAGCACGCUUGGUGCGCGAUAUCUAA